AUGAUCCUUGUCGUGCGUCAGCUCAUGCAGCCCAAAAGCCAGCAGGCAAAAGCCCAUUAUGGCUUUAGUGUAUCAUCGUGCAGUCGCGCAAUCAAAAUUACAAGUCGCCAGAUUUGCGGCUUGAGCCAUCGAUAUGAUGGUAGAAGAGAAAGUGCGGACGUCCGGGUGAAUUUACUCAUGACUCUAGACCAGAGGAAAUUCUCUAACACACUGGUACAUAGGAAUCUUGGAGAAACGUUAACUAGAGGCAGUCUACAUCAUAUUCAGUUUUCCGACGUCGCACUUGAGGAAUUCGACCCCAAUCACCCGUUGCAGGGCAUGGACGAGUCACGUCCGACGGAAAGUAUUCCUGAAUACGGAGUGCUCAUUGUAGGACUCACAGGUUCAGGCAAGAGUACGUUCAUCUCGUUGCUUGCAGAUGAGACGGUGCAAAUUGGGCAUGAUCUUUCUUCUUGUACAGUCAGAGCCCAAGGGUACGCUGCGACUGUUGGAGCAAGUUCCGUAUUUCUCCUAGACACUCCCGGCUUCGACGAUACAGACCGAUCUGAUCUUGAUGUUGUAAGUGAGAUCGUAACAGGGCUGCAUAUACUGUCCCGAUCGGGUGUAAGUCUGGUUGGUGUUAUUUACAUACAACGCAUAACAGACACGCGCAUGUCAGGGUCAUCAAGGAAGUCUUUGGAGAUUCUCAAAGCUAUCUGUGGGGUCCCUGCUUCAGUCAACAUCACCUUUGUGACCACAAUGUGGGACAAACUGGGUCCCAAUUCAGAUACAGUAGGAGAAGAACGCACGGAAGAGAUGAAGAGGUUGUUCUUGGCCGAAUUCAUUGAGAAAGGAGCCCAGGUUCAGAGACAUUCUGGUACAGUGGCAUCUGCCAGAGGUAUCGUGGAUAGGAUACUCUCGAAUAACAAAACAGUUACGCUGGAGAUCGAGCACGAGAUGAUUGAAGAGGGUCGUCUUCUCGAGCAAACCCAAGUUGGUAGGAUUCUCCAGCGGGAUCUAAAAGAACAACAGAAAGAGUUUGAUGUGGAAUUGAAGGAAAUUGAGCAGCAGCUACUGGAAGCGCAGCAAUCAAACGACAGUACUGCGGUAGCUUCACUCUCAGAAGAUUUGGAACGUCACAAAGAGAAUCUCGAGAGAUUACAUUAUCCUUGUAGUCAGCUUCACUACAACGUACAGCAGCUCGGGGAGAGAAGGGCUGCUAGCCUAGGACUGCAACCUGAGGAAGCUCGACAGCUGUCAACGGAUGUCGGUGACGACACCAACGACGAGAUCAGAUCGCGUAUCCGAAGAACCAAUCAACGUGCGCAUUCCCUACGACAAGAUCAGGAUCUGGAAAUACAGUCUUUCAACGCUCAGUUUGCGAGGCUACAGAAUGAAGAGUAUUAUCAGAGGAGAGAAAGAGACGCACUUGCAAGAGCGAGGAGACGGGCAGAAGCACGCGAGUUGGAGAGACCUAUGGCAAUCCUUACUGUAUGGCAACACUUGUUCCGGGUUACGUAUUUGAAUCCUCGCCGAUCGCGAUAUUAG